AUGGAAUCUAUUCUUUAUGGGAAGCCUGUUCUCCACAGCGUGCUCACCUUGAAGACGCUGAUACAAAACUUCAAACCGUAUGCGGAUCCGCCCAAAUAUUCCGACGACGACAAAGCCCAGCUUGAAGAGGUUUUAACGACUAUCGACCUUCUUGAGGGUAGCCUCAAGCAAAUCGACCUUGCAAAGUCAAGCUUGCAAGCACUCGUGGACAAAAUCAAGCUUGACUAUGAUAAUUCAAAGAACAGAGAGGACAGAAAAAAUAUACAGCAGCAGCUGGAGAACAUCGAGAAGGAAACGAAUUUUACGGAAGCCAUGAAAGAUGCAAUGGAACUGAGCCUUAUGCUUGGCACUCGGCUUACUGAGGCCCACAGCAAUCAAAAACGACUCGCCCGCAAAUUGGGUUUGAAUCAAGAAAGCGAGAACGCCAUGAGCGUACCGAGAGACCUCAAUGAACAUGACAGUCCAAUCAUUGCAACAGACAGUGGACCGCAAUCAACAGUGUCACCAGCACUUCCACCACCUCAAAGAAGCACGGUCACGAUUCAUCCGAAAUGUGUGAUAUGCGAGAAACUCGGUCAUCAUCCUUGGCAGUGCAAGUCACCACUGACUGUAGCAGAACGAAGAAAAAUCGUUAUUGGAAAACGAUUAUGCUGGAAAUGCUACUCAGACCAGCAUCCCAGUAAACAAUGCGCUAGAAAUGACUGUCCGCUGUGCAGUAAACCUCACCACAGCAGACUGUGUUACUUCAGCGAAAACAAAGACGAGCAUACCGCCAGCUCGCGCAACACGCCGCAACAACAUUCCCCGAACAACAGACGACCACAGGAAGAGCAAAGAAACAGCAACGUUGCAAAUAACGGAAAUGCCAAUGACGCAUAUCGAUCCGGAUCAUGGGCACCUAGGAAUCGCCAUGAUAACGCUAGGAAACCUGAUUCCGAAGAGAACCAAAAGCACGACUCAUCCGCUGCGAAUCAGGAAACAGAAGAUGAGGGAAUCAAGAAAAGCCCUCCUCGUGCCGCAAAAGUGAAAGCGAUAAAUUCAAUCAAGGAAGCAACAAAACAGCUUAAUGAAGCCACGGCUUCUCAGCCUCAUACAUCCGUCAGUUUCGCUAGUCUAAUGGUCAUAGUCACGGCAGUAGUGUUUCAAGGAGUGCCGGCUGAAGCCAUGCUUCCCCUUACUUGCAAAGGCCACCAUUUACAUGUGGAACCUCCCUCGAGUAAAUUCGAACUAUGCAUUCGAUCAGCAUGCAGAACCUUUACAAAUGAGUCUAAUGAACUGAUCUUUCAAUUGCCAUUUACAUCAAAAAAUGGCAGCAUAGGCAUAUCGAUAAGAUACUCUGUUGGAUCCGAACAUGAGCAAAAAUAUGAUCGCAUAUCAUGCGCGCUUCCGCAUAUCUGCGACGGUUCGCAAACAUUACUAUCGAAAACCCUACUCGGAAAUCCUCAUUGCUGGCCGACAGGAGCUAUAAUAUCCCUUGCCACACUUGGCUGCAUUUCCAUCACAACCGUUGCGCUCAUAAUCAAGGCCGCUGCGAAGCGCUCAAAGGCAAGCGAAAGCGGAGAUAGAGGGAAUAGCGCAGUGGUCGCUGGAACACACAACAAGGGUUCAAUCCCCGUCGGACGCAAUGAAUCAGACGCCGCCGGCAUUGAGCACACGGAUGACUCACAAAUUCGACUCGACACGUUCAGUCCGCAGCCACUUAGUCGCGCAAGCAUAAUAGCCGCCGCGGUCACUGUGUUCUGUUUUUUCCCAGCGCACCAACAAACAAGCGCAUGCCAAUAUGGAUACACCAGACAUAAUGUAGAAAUCAUGUGUAGUUCUCACAGCAAAUGUGUGUUCGAGUUCAACAGAGAACUUCUGUUCAAUGAAAUUACCAGCAUGAUAUGUAUCAGCCUCAUGCAGUCAAACAGAUCAAUAGGGACAAUUCUGGUAGAACGACUUCCGGUAGAAUUCCAUUGUUCUAAACGAACACUGUUUUUCACCAGGGAUACGACCUAUACGGUUUUCAGUGCCAUUAGGUGUGCCGAUAUGGGCUCUUGCAAAACGGGAGCAUGUUCCGAGGUGAAGCCCCACAGUGUGAUUGACGAGCUGAGAAAUGCGUCAAAUUACCCAGGGUACUCCGGUUGUGAACCUGCCUGCGGAGGAUUACUGUGUGGAUGCUUAUUGCCAUUACCAUCAUGCUCCUUUUAUCGUGUCGCCAAUGUUCCGAGAACCAACAUCGUGUAUGAAAUUAUGGACUGUAUUGAAUGGAAACCUGUCGUGAGACUACACGUUCAGAUUUCACUCUACAAUAAGAAGAUCUCAAGAACGAUUGCGCUGCGACCGUACGUCAGGCAGAAAAUGAAUGAGACCUCCAUAACUGUUAUAUCUCUUUCCAAACCAAACAGUCCUCUUCUGCACCGACGAUAUGCAAUCGCUCCCACAGAAACUCUACUAAUCCCCGAAGGUCACCACUUGCCGGUAGAAUGCUCGUCCGCGAAAGAAGCCCACGAACGUUUCCAUCACUGCAGGAAUAAAAUGAUCUGUGCCUGCGACGUAGAGGUAUCUCCGGCUAAAUGUAACUGUCCGGAUGAAUCGAUUACGAACAUUCGAGCUGACAUCUCCCACGUGUUUCCUAUCUCCAGUCCCUUCAUGAGACUGCUUAAGAAGGGCAACUCUUUGGCAGCAUUGUCGUCAAGAGAAGAAAUGAUCAUCGCAUUAGAGUCCACCUACAUGCGCGACAGCGCCGAGUACAUCGUCCAGCAAAACUGCAGCAUAUCGUUGGCACCGUUAACUGGAUGUUACAACUGUCAAGAAGGAGCCACAUUAACUGCGUUUUGCCAUACGAACAUACAUUCCUGGAUAGUAGUCCAUUGCGAGCAACACACAUUUUCAAUCGAGUGCGAUAUCACCAAUAAAACCACUCUACUGGCCCUUGAUUUUCAGCAGGCAGUGGUGCGCCAAGAAUGUAGUGUGGAAUGCGACGAGCGUUUGCAAAAAAUACCGUUACAAGGAACUCUUGCAUUUCUUCCACAUAUCAGUGACGAACAAAUUUUUGAGUCACAUGUGAGCUCCUGGACACCGUCGUCCACAUGGCUUCAGGACUGGAGAAUUCCCGACUUCACGCCUAUCAUAGAUACGAUUAAGAACCACUGGAAAACUUCACUUGUCCUUUUCGGAACAGCCGCAGUAAUAGCAGCGGCUAUAUACGCCAUGGGACCAGCAAUACUUCUUGCUGUCAUCCAGGUAACACCGAAAAUUCUCGGAUUUACCCUGAAGAUUACGGCCUCUGCACUUCACAUCACAUGGUUGCUCGUGAAACACACGACCAGUUGCGUAAAACGCGCUUUGGCUGUGCACAGGUCGCGAAGAAACGAUUAA